AGGGGCUGAACUUUUCCAGGCCACAAUUGUAAAGGCUGUAAAGGCAAGAAUUGAAGAAGAGAAAAAGUCAAUGGAUCAGCUGAAGAGGCAGAUGGAUCGCAUCAAAGCCCGGCAACAGAAAUACAAAAAGGGUAAGGAGAGGAUGCUGAGCUUGACCCAGGAAUCAGGGGAAGGCCAAGACAUCCAAAAACUCUCUGAAGAGGAUGACGAAAGAGAAGCAGACAAACAGAAAGCCAAGGGCAAAAAAAAGCAGUGGUGGCGGCCUUGGGUUGAUCAUGCUUCCAUGGUCAGGAGUGGAGAUUAUUAUUUGUUUGAAACGGAUAGCGAAGAGGAGGAAGAGGAAGAAUUAAAAAAGGAAGAGGAAGAACCUCCAAGAAGGUCAGCUUUCCAGAGAGCUAUUGGGAAGUUUGCAUCGGCCAUUUUAGCCUUGCCAAAGUCUGUCAUUAAACUUCCCAAAACUAUUCUUCAGUAUUUAAUCAGAGCUGCAAAGUUUGUUUAUCAAGCCUGGAUCACUGACCCUAAAACAGCACUCCGACAGAGACGCAAAGAGAAAAAAAGGUCUGCAAGAGAAGAACAGAAAAGAAGGAGAAAAGGAUCUGGGGAGGCAUUUAUGAACUGUCCAGCACUGUGGGUCUCUUCAUUAAUUAUUCGCCAGGAGAAGGGACUAUGGUCUCUAUUGCUGGAGACACAUGAAAUCAUAGAUUUUCAGAGGAAGUUCAGCCAGAACCUGGUUGCUCAGCUUUGGUACUUUGUGAAAUGUGUUUACUUCGGGUUGUCUGCCUACCAAAUCCGUUGUGGCUAUCCAACACGAGUCCUUGGAAACUUCCUCACCAAGAGCUACAAUUAUGUCAACCUCUUCUUGUUUCAAGGGUUCCGCCUCGUUCCCUUUUUGACUGAGCUGAGGGCUGUGAUGGACUGGGUGUGGACAGACACGACCUUGAGCCUCUCCAGCUGGAUCUGUGUGGAAGACAUCUAUGCUCACAUAUUCAUCCUGAAGUGUUGGCGGGAGUCUGAAAAAAGAUACCCACAGCCCCGGGGGCAGAAGAAGAAGAAAGUGGUGAAGUACGGCAUGGGAGGCAUGAUCAUCGUUCUGCUCAUCUGCAUCGUCUGGUUUCCCCUUCUCUUCAUGUCCUUGAUCAAAUCUGUGGCGGGGGUCAUCAACCAGCCCCUGGAUGUCUCGGUCACAAUUACCCUGGGAGGGUACCAGCCCAUUUUCACAAUGAGUGCCCAGCAAAGCCAGUUGAAAGUUAUGGAUCAGCCAAAGUUUAAUAAAUUUAUGAAAGCUUUCUCUAGGGACACUGGUGCUAUGCAAUUUCUGGAAAAUUAUGAAAAAGAAGACAUAACAGUAGCAGAACUGGAAGGAAAUUCAAAUUCUUUGUGGACCAUCAGCCCUCCCAGUAAGCAGAAAAUGAUAGAGGAACUCAUGGACCCCAAUAGUAGCUUCUCUGUUGUUUUUUCAUGGAGUAUUCAGAGAAACAUGAGUCUGGGUGCAAAAGCAGAAAUAGCAACGGAUAAGCUUUCUUUUCCUCUUAAAAAUAUUACACGUAAGAAUAUAGCUAAAAUGAUAGCCGGCAACAACACAGAAAGUUCAAGAACACCAGUGACUAUAGAAAAGAUCUACCCAUAUUAUGUGAAAGCACCUAGUGAUUCAAACUCAAAACCUAUAAAGCAACUUUUGUCUGAAAAUAAUUUCAUGAAUAUCACCAUCAUUUUGUCCAGAGACAAUACAACUAAAUCUAACAGUGAGUGGUGGGUUCUCAACCUGACUGGCAAUAGAAUAUUCAAUCAGCAUGCCCAGGCCUUGGAACUGGUGGUCUUCAAUGACAAAGUCAGCCCCCCAAGUCUGGGGUUCUUGGCUGGCUAUGGUAUCAUGGGAUUAUAUGCUUCAGUUGUCCUCGUGAUUGGGAAGUUUGUCCGCGAAUUCUUCAGUGGGAUUUCUCACUCCAUCAUGUUUGAAGAGCUUCCAAAUGUGGAUCGAAUCCUGAAGUUGUGCACAGAUAUUUUUUUAGUUCGAGAGACAGGGGAACUGGAAUUAGAGGAAGAUCUCUAUGCCAAAUUAAUAUUCCUGUACCGCUCACCAGAAACCAUGAUCAAAUGGACUAGAGAAAAAACAAAUUGAUACUUUAAGACACAGACUGCAAAUCAAGUUAACAUUUGAAUUUUUUAAAAAGCACAAUAUUCUCAUAAGAGCUAAGCAUUUCUAGUUGGACGGAAAUGGUUUCUCUUCUGACAGGUGUUCAAAAGGAGCUGACUUCCUUUUGCAGUCUAAGCUACCUUGCAAAUGAAGGCGCUGUUGAAAAAGUUAUUUGUAAUUCCAUUUCUCCAAAAUCAGGGCUACUUGUUUUAUGUUUUAGUCAACAGUGUCUUGCAUUCUGAUUGACUAUGCAAAGGAGUCAUUUAUGGGUCUCCUCCCUCAGAGAAACAGGAGAGAAGGAGGAAGAAAGAAAGACACCCAUUUUUUUCUGCGCGGGGACCUGAAGAGAUCCUAUAAUGGCGAACGCUGCGCUCUGUCGCCAUGGGGAAGCUGCUGUGAGGAGAACAGAUGGCCUCAGCACACCCCGAAAAUACGCAACAGCAAUAGGAGGCUGAAACUCCUGAACGGAUUUGUAGGGGGAAACGAGAAAGGGAGCCAAGGACCCAUGAAGAUACCAGAGGAAGGAUAAGCCUCAUUCUAAGCAAAAAGUUAACGCUAGUGACACUCUUACUGCCUUAUCUUAACUGAAGACUAAUAAAAAAUCUUUCCAUUUAACACCAGUGACUUCUCAGGAAAAAAAAAAAACAACAACAGCAAAACAAAUAUGUGGACACCGGCUUUGUUGAGGCCCAGCUCGUGACUCUCUUCAGUGGUGGUGGCUGUCCUGCUUCAGUCACUGCUCCUCGUCAGACACAGGCUCCAGGUAGAAGGAUAAAAAUGGUGCCCAGCUGGGCGUGGAAUGAAUACUCUGACUAACUCUUUACUAACUGAGGUCAUGAACGCUCUUCUACCUUUCCCCAUCCCUCAACACGCUUUUUCUCAUUUCGAUGAUUUAAGGCAAUGGUGUUUUCCAGUCUGUGACAUUUUCCUUCCUGUUUUUCAGGUAUAUCAAAAGUUUACAUAUUCCAAUUCACAUUUUUACAUCCGAGACGGGUUUUUUAAGUUCAUAAUUAUGAAAGAAAUAUGUAUAUUGAGCUUGGGGAAAUAAAAAAUGGCCUUUUCUUAAAUUAUUAUUAUUGGUAAUACAACCUCUUCAUUAAAUAACAAUGUAGCAUGAAAAUUUAUGAUUGAAAUGUAGUUUUCAUUCCAUAUUAAAAUACAGUUUGUGAGGAAUCAUCGAAUGGACUAGAAUACGUCAAAAAAAUGAUCCUAUGUAGUUUGGGUUCAGGACUGACUUAAAAUAAAGCACAUCUUGCAAAGUCA